AUGGCUGUCGCUACCAUCAUCUUCCCCUACGCACAAUUGGGCGACGAAGGGCGGCUACUGGUCUUGCUCGACAACUCCGACCUGCCGAUGCUCAUGGACUCUCCGUCUGGAGCCGACGACUUCGCCGCCCGCGCUUCGAGAUCCACCUCUAGCGCCGCUCGGCCGCUUGAGCCGGACACGGAGCAUCGGACUAUCAAGAUAGAGCCACCGGUGUCGCACCAGCAGAUGCAGAGCCCCAACUACUUCUUCAUGCCGGCGGCGACGGCCAACGGCAACCAUGGCGGCGCCGGGUACUCACCCUACCAGGAAGCCAUGGGGGACCAGCAGACCGCGAUCUGCAGGCACUUCAAGCCGGAGGCAGCGUCUUCGUCGGCGCUGCUCAGCCCUUCGCUCGGCUUCUUCGUCACGGGCGCUCUCGCCGGCGCCGCGGACACCUCGUUCCCGAUGCCGUCGUCGAGGUCGUACGUCUAUCUGGAGGAGCUGUGUCGGGGCAAGCCUCUCAUGGACUACUCCAACAUGUGGUAG